AUGUCAGGAUCUGAAAAGCUGAAUUUCAAAACAAAGCAAUCAGAAGCAGAUGCUCAAGGUACUACAGUCGAUGGGCGGCGUGAGCUGCCUCCUCCCCCAUAUUCGGAGCUGGAAGGUGUGCAGCCAAGACAGGACUAUGGGCCACCUAGUUCAGGUUCUUGGGGACCAAGUGGAGGUCCAAAUUAUAACAACCAGACUCAAUAUGUGAAUCAGGGUAAACCUUACGAUCCUAUGAAUGAUCCCAAUGUAUAUAAAGUCGCUCCCCAGAUGGUCGAUAUUACAAGGGCAAACCCUGAACAUUUGAAUCCAGAUUACAUACGAUACCAGGAAAGAGACAGGCAGAGAUUUGCACAAGGUGAUUUUCCUAAUCCAAGAUCAUCCUUUAAGCAUGGUGCUCCAUUAGCCCCAAGUAAAAAGGAUCCUACAAAUUCUACUGGGAAGAGCUUUCCUGGUAGAAGUGGCGUCACUUACAAGAAUGCAGCUAAUAACAAUUGA